CAACUCAAGGGAGAGUGAGCCGUCUCUGCGCCCCAGCAGGAGCCCCACCCGGUGGCCCAGAUGUGGCGGCGCCUGUGCACCCCAGCAGCCUCCGCUCUGCUAGCUCUCCUCCUGUUGCUGCCACUUCCUGCUUUUCUCCCGUCAGCGGCACAAGCGACCCUGUUGUGCUCGGCUGCCACCGCCCAAGCCCUGCCCAGCCAGGCUGACCUCUCCGCUCCGCUAGGGAGGAGCGAUCCCCACCGAGGCGGCCUCCCCGGGCAACCUUCAGCGCGCCCCAGAGCAGACACCAUGGAGAUUCCCCCGUCCCAUUAUCCCGCGAAAAGAGCAGCGGGUGUGGUGGAGAACUACAUCAACUACCAGCACGGCAGCCCCAGCAAGAUCUUCACGGUGCGGGAGGUGAGCCAAGCCAGCCGAGAGGACAUACCAGGUGCUGGGCAUAAAUAUCGCCUUAAGUUUGCAAUGGAAGAAAUCCUUCAGAAAGACAGUCCUGUGAACUGCACAGCUGAGAUACUUUAUCAUCGUGGUGACCAACAUGUUGCUCCAGAAGUGCAUUAUACAGUGGAAGGAGAGUUUGGCAAAAAUACGGAGGAAGCGGAUAACAAAUUUUAUAACAGGAUCAAGAACCUCUCAGAACCACUGGAGGCUCACAAUAUUCCAGAUAGCCAUGGGAACGUAUCUGAAGAAAUGGAGCCCAUUCGGCACUUAGCCUGGGUUGCCUGUGGUUAUGUAAUAUGGCAGAACUCAACAGAAGACACGUGGUACAAUAUGGCACAAGUUCAAAGUGUUAAGCAAGUGAAAAGAAACGAUGACUAUCUUGAAUUUUCCUAUGUAAUUUUAAUCCAUGAUAUUGUCUCCCAAGAGAUUAUUCCUUGGCACAUGCAAGUUCUCUGGCAUCCACAGCAUGGCGUGAAAGUAACACGGAACAGUCGCCAGCCAAAACGUGCAGAACAGGAUUAAUGGCACACCCUCAAUACUACUAUUAGAUGUUUUAAAACAUCUAUAAACUGCUAGAAUAAGAGCUGCACAAUUUACUCUUGCCCUGAAACCCUUGCAUUCCAUGUAAACUCUAAAGGACCAAAACAAAACUCUCUUGAUUUCAUGCUUACUAGAAAUCGUGCUUCCUAGAAAGGCUCGUGCUUACUAAAGUGAAUACUUAUGGUA